AUGUAUUCCCAAAAGAGAAAGCACUUGAAUUUAAAAAAAGAUGCUCAAGAUUAUAUCAAAUUAAAUCCUCAAACUAAAGGAUAUCCUGAAUCAAAUAAAAUUGUUUAUGAAUUAUAUUGGCCAAAAUCUCAAAUUAAUGCAAGAUCAGAUCCAAAAAUGAUGGAACCUAUGAAAUUUUUUAAUAAUUUAUGGCAUACAAAUAACCCAGAUGUUGAAGUUUCAUUAAAUCAUAAUUUAAGUUAUGCUGAUAGAUUUCGUAUCAGAAAUCCGGGUGAUGAUUCAUUUACAUUAGGUCCUCAUGCUGAUGGUGGAUGUAUUGAAAGAUGGGAAGAUGAAGAAUAUCGUAAAUGUUAUGAAGAUGUUUUCAAUGGUGAUUCGGAAAAUUAUGAUCCUUAUGAUGUUACUCAUAGAACUAAGGCAAAUAUGAAUAUUUAUCCAGUUGCUAAUGCAUGCAGUGUUUUCAGAUCAUUUCAAGAACUUACAAAUUAUUAUUUAUUAAAACCCCUUUUCAAUGUAUUUGAUGAAUUAGAUUUACAAUCAUCAAAAUUUCUAGGUUCUAAAUUAGGUAAAAAUCAAGAAUUUAAUGAUAAAUCUCAUCCAGAUUUAAAUUUAUCUAAAUUAAUGACUUCAAUUCCAAAAGUUGAACCAGGUGAUGCUGUUUUCUGGCAUUGUGAUUUGAUUCAUGCAGCUGAUCUAGUUCAUAGAGGUGAAGUGGAUUCUUCUGUUAUGUAUAUCCCAGCAGUCCCCCUAUGUGAUUUGAAUACAAAAUAUUUAAAAUUACAAAGAGAAGCAUUUUUAAAAGGUUUAACAGGUCCUGAUAUAUCUGGGUUUCCUACUAGUGAAUUGAAAACUAUAAUAUAA